AAUUUUAAAGAUGGCGUCGUUUAAGAAAAGAGCAAAUAAAAAGAAUGCUGGAAGAAAUAUAAGAGAGAAAAAAGAAUGGAAAGACGAUGAUGAAGAGGCGGAGCCUGUUGCCUUGACAACUAACAGAGGUGCAAAUCCGCCCACGCAAGUCUCCUCCAGUUUAUUAAGUUUUGAUGAUGAGGUUGGGGAGGGUGAAGAAUUUAAAAUAAAGAAGUCCUCAUUGUCAAAGAAACUAAGACGAGAGAGGGAAUUGGAAGAGAGGAAGCGACAAGAAGAGAAACUAAUUAAAGAAGCACUGAGAGAUGAUGAUGAUGAAGAUGAUAAGGAGGAGGAGGAGGGAGGAGGAGAGGGUAAUGGAGAAGGAUCAGUCCUUGAUAGACUCCAUGCUGGUAUAGUACCUGAUGCUACAAUGAUCCACGCCAUAAGGAAGAAGAGACAGCUGGUGAGAGAAAGAGGAGGAGGAGGAGGAGGGAGGGGUCUGGAGUAUAUGUCACUAGACAAAGAUGAUAAAAAAGCUCCUAAAGCAGCAUCUGGUAAGUCUCGGCUCAUCAGAGAAGAUGAGAAUGAUAAAAGUGAUGAAGAGGAGGAGGAAGAGGAGGGAGGAAGUGGCCUGACAUCACGUCACAUGACAUUCGGGAAAAAGAAAGAACCAGCCAGACAAUUACAAGUAUUGAGUGCAUUGGAGAACAUUGACAGUGAAUCAGAGGAUGAGGAGACCCAGCGAUGGGAGGAGGAGCAGAUCAAUAAAGGAAUCAAAGCCAGUAACCCACUCCCGGCCGAUGAACCAGUCACCAUUAAUUCGUUGGACCCUCUCACACAAUCUUUCAUUUACGGCAUUGACUAUCAGCAGCAACAAUACCAACAGCAAACAAGGGCCCCGCCCCCUCCUCCUGUAUCGGUUAAAUUUGUUCCGGUCACUUUUGAUAGUUUGAAAUCGAGAUUAUCUAAUCGGCUACAAGAAUUAAAGGACAGUGUUGCUAAUCACCGGAGGCAGUUGGAUCAGGUUAUGGCUGAUGUUAAGGAUGCCAAUGAUUUCAUUGAAGGAGCUGAUACUAGUAUUACGAGGAUUGAAGAACAUUAUUUAUUCUAUCAACAAAUGAAAGGAUAUCUCAGAGACCUACUCUCAUGUCUUGCUAUAAAGGCUCCAUUAAUAAAAUCUAUAGAGGUCAAAGUUCAAUCUAUUCAUUCUAAAAGGUCACGCCUCCUAAUUACCAGAAGACGGCAAGAUGUCACCGAUGAGUCUGAGGAGUGUAGAGUGGGUGUGGCUAAUGACGAAGGGCGUCAGGGACGCAUUGUGGAGAGAGAGGGGAGGAGGAGGAGGAGGAGAGAGAAGAGAGAGAGACAGGAAGUUGCUACUGAUCAUUAUGAAGGAAUGUCUUCGGAUGAUGAACUACUGGAAACUGAUAAAAUACGUUUUAAUAAAGAAUUAGAAUCACUAGGUCCUGAUAUUAAUGACGUAUUCUCUGAUGUCGUUGAUGAUUUUUGUGAUUUGAAUAUAAUCAAGACUCGAUUUGAGCAGUGGAAGUUCACCCAGUCCAGCAGUUACUCUGAGGCUUACGUCAGUCUUUGUUUAACUAAAAUAUUCACUCCUUACGUGAGACAUGAACUGAUAUACUGGAACCCACUGGAGUUUGAUGCUAUACCCAUAGACUCAAUGAAAUGGUUACAGUGUUUAUUAACAUAUGGAUACCAUGAGGGGGAGGAGCCUGACAUCACUGAUAAUGAUAUUCACUUGAUACCUCAGCUAAUUGAUAGAGUAUUGAUAUCAAAGAUUAACGGUUUUAUUGCCAGUGUAUGGGACCCCUUGUCUAGUGCUCAGACCCAGUGUCUUGUAAAAACCCUCCAGUACCUACAGGAAGAGUUUCCUACUGUCUCCCCUCAAACUGAUAAUUUCAAAGACCUCCAGAGAAGUUUAAUAAAGAGAAUACAAGAAUCAAUCAAUGAAGACAUGUACAUACCACUAAUGAAUAAAAGUCAGUUAGAAGCCACCAAUACUCAUUCAUACAGUUUCUAUCAAAGACAAUAUUGGAAAUCAAUGAAGUUGCUAGGGAACACCCUCUGUUGUCAAGGGUUGCUACCUGAUAGUGUAUUGUACCAGUUAGCGUUUGAUGGGCUGGUAUCUCGUUAUAUUCUCCUCUCAUUACAACAUUCACCAAUUAAUGAACUAACUGUUAGUAAAACAAAUAAAUUAUUACAUAUUUUGCCUAGCGAUUGGUUGAAAGGUGGGACCAGUGAUAAUUAUAAAGGAGUCGAGUCGCUUAGAAGAUUUAUAAAUUAUUUAAUUGAGAAGAUAGAAAUGAGUGAGCAACACAACAAGGCUAACAGAUUAUUGAAAGAAAAAUUAUUACCCCUUCAAUCGUUAUUUAAUUGUUGA